UUGUUUAGAGCCUAUGCUCUGUAUAAACUUUUCCCUGUUAAAACCCCCAUGCGUUUCUGUCGUGUUUCCUCCUUUCAAAUAUCCAGGGUAGUCUCUCCCCUUCCCUCCUUGAAAUCUCCCUCUCUCUCUCUCUCUCUCCCCCGCGGCCCAUCCCCCGCUUAAUAUGGCAUCCUGGGCCUGCACUAAAUGUACCUUUCUAAACCCUCCAAACCAUGGCUUUUCCUGCCAAAUGUGCCUUAAUCCACACUCUCUCCCUUCUUCUUCUUCUUCUUCUUCUCGUGGAGGAGAAGGUUGGGCAUGUAAAGCCUGCACUUUCCUCAACACCUCUGACCAAUCCACCACUUGCCAAAUAUGUGACACUCCAUGCGCCCCUCCAUCCCCCAAAACCUAUCGCUCUGAUUCUGGCCAACUAGAUGAUGAUUCUUUCUCUGAUGAUUUUUUGUCGUCGAGGAAGCGGAAGGCCCCUGUUGAAGUUGUUGAGCCUCAUUCUGAGCUCCUUGUUGAGGUUUCAGCCGUUCCAUCAUCGAGAGGACAGGAGGACCCUUCUGAACCCCUUCCUGAUACGAAUUCUUUAUUGGGGAAGCUUCAUGCUGAGAGAUUAUCAAGGAUGCCUAAGGCAUGUUCAGGUUCUGAAGAGUCAAACACAUUUGUUAUGUUGACUUACAACGUUUGGUUUCGGGAAGACCUGAAACUUAUUGAGAGGAUGAACGCAAUAGGUGACAUUAUUCGAGAAUAUGAUCCAGAUGUCAUUUGUUUACAGGAGGUCACACCAAAUAUCUAUCAUAUUUUUCAGCAGUCCAUGUGGUGGCAAAAGUAUCAAUGCUCAGUUUCAAAUGAGUUGGCUGCUGAAAGGCCUUACUUCUGUAUGCAGUUGAGCAGAUUACCUGUGAAAUCUUUCCUCUGUGAAUCGUUUAGAAACUCCAUAAUGGGAAGAGAGCUCUGUGUAGCAGAUAUUGAUGCUGGGAUGGGAAGACAUUUGGUGGUAGCUACCACUCACCUUGAGAGCCCCUGCCCUGCCCCUCCAAGUUGGAAUCAGAUGUACAGUCCAGAACGCAGAACUCAAGCUGAGGAGAGCCUUCAGCUCCUGAAGGAUCACCCGAACGUAAUAUUUGCUGGAGAUAUGAAUUGGGACGAGAAAAUAGAUGGUGAGUUUCCUCUAUCCAAUGACUGGAUUGAUGCUUGGACUGAGCUUAGACCUAGAGAGAAUGGAUGGACAUAUGACACCAAGGCCAACCAGAUGCUUUCGGAGAACCGAGCUUUGCAGAAACGGUUGGAUAGGUUUGUAUGUAACAUGCGUGAUUUUAAACUGAGUAGUAUUGAUAUGAUUGGAACAAAGGCUAUACCUGGGAUUUCCUAUUUCAAGGAGAAGAAGGUGAGGAAACAGAUGCAAAAAAUAACACUUCCUGUUUUGCCUAGUGACCACUAUGGAUUGCUCUUGAAGAUUUGUCGCAAAAGCGGGGCUCUUACGAAGAGGUGAAAUCAUGGAUAUCAUGGAGUUUGAAUUGAUUGAAAGGUUGUAAAUGAGGGACGCUUAGGAGGGCUUCUUAGGGAUUGGGUGUUUGAAUUAUGGAGUCUUUGGGUUGUAUGCCUCCUUAGCUGUUUUUGGUUUAUGGCUUUUAUUGCUGAACCCAGAUUGACCAGGUUUUGUCCAAAAAACUUAUGCUUCUAAAUAUAAUUAGAUUA